ACAAGAGAAAAUACAAUAUAAUUUGCCAGCUAGCUUUAACUUUAGUGUGAGAGUAUCAUGUGUGUCUUCAGUUGAUUGUGCAACACUAGUCAAUGGGGAUAAUUUUCAAUUGGAAGUCCUUGGCUUUGACUCAGUUAGAAACCCAUUAGCAGGUGUUACGCCCAUGAUCAUUGAUGCAUCAUGGGCUAAUGAUGAAGCCAAUUCACUGUCCCCAGAAGAUGCACUGGAUACAAGCUUUUCUGCUACACAUUCAAUUGAAAUUCAAAUAUCAGGCUUAUUUAUAGUAUCAGACUUCAGUGCAUGCGUAAGAGUGAAAUAUAUUGGUCUGAAAGUUGUGAAAGGAACAAGUUCUGAAGUGACUGCAUUAAACGAUGACACAUUCAAUCUAGAUAAUUAUGUCAUGAGCCCUUUUGAAAUCAGCUGUACAAACUUCUCUGUCGAUCUGGCCGUUGGUGUGGUUGACUUCCAUGAUGCAUCAUCAGAGGUUAAUAUAACGGCUGAAAACUUUGAAAUUCAUUUUGGAGUAUCCAUUACUGGUGAAAACUUUCCAGGAGAACCCCAAGGUCACAAUAUCUUCUAUGAUAUAUAUAUUUCGGAAGAUGACGUUUUUGAUGAAAAUGAUUUCAAGCUGGAUUAUGAAAUUCCGGAUGAUUUGGCAACUUUGGUACCCGAUCCCUUAGAAGUUAGUUCUUUCGCCAUGUUUUUUUCCAUCCCUUUCAAGCAAAGUGAUAUGAUCCAAUACUGUGGGCGUGAUGUGUUCCUCCUGGUUGUACUUGAUACUGAUAAUAACCUAAUUGAAUCAGAUCUCACAAAUAAUGUCAGGGAAGUGUCCUUUACUCUGAUAAACUGCCAAGAUGGAGUUUAUCUGUACACUAAGAAUCUAACAGUACCCAACAUAGUGUUCUCUGGAGAGGAUGUUCCCAUUGAAGUAGGAUUUGAAGCACUUUUGCUUGGUAGUGAAGGCCUAGAACCCGAUCCCCCAGAGAAGCUGGUUGAAUUUCAGUUCAGCAUUGUUGAUAGCAUUGAAGAUCCAAAGAUCAAUGUGUCUGUGAAUUAUACUGUACCUGAGGCUAACAUUGAAGCCAUACCUGCUGAGAGUGAGACACCCCUAAGACUUAACACUACUGCCAAUCCCGACAAGAUCCCCAGCUCUAUUGUAAUCCCAGCUCAUGUAUCUUUAUGUGGGCAUCAAUUGUAUAUGAAGGCAGAAGCUAUUAUUACAAGUGGAAAUCCAGAUGAACUUCAUACAGAAAGCUAUGCUGUCUAUCACCCCACCUACAUCAACUGCCCUGAAGACCAACUCGCUCUCAACAAUCUACAAAUAAAAUGGCUGCCGGAGUCUUUAUGGUCUGAAUCUACCAAUCGAGUUGACUUUAAGCUUGACGUUAUUAACCAAGGCGCUAUGAUACCAUUGAAUGAAUAUGCCAGAAAGUUCAAGAUUCUUAUAUACUUCUCAGUUGAUGAGACAUUAUCUGAGGAAGAAGAUAGUGUCUUAGAGGUGUACUUUGCUGGUGAUGAAGGAAGACGAUACGAAUGGUAUGGUGCUAUAGACCAGGAUGAAGUUAUUGAAACUCCUCUGCUAUCAGGGGAACUCAGACUAGAUUCAUUUGAACAGUGCAGUGAGAUAAAGGAAAAAAGUAUGAAGCCUACAUGGUUCUUUAAGCUAUUGGCAGAAGAUGAAGCCCAUUCGGUGUAUAAAGAUAAUGAUGUGCUUGAGUAUGCCCUGGAUCCAGACAUGUUGCUCUGUGAAUUUGUGAACAUGGACCUGUCUGUAGUAGAUGUAACUCUGGUAGGACCCGAUGGUAACAGGACACAGGAAUUCUACUCGGGCGUUCCUAUUCACUUUUCUGUAGAUGUUGCCCAUGAUCAGCCAUCAGGUUCAGUUAUAAAUGCUGUCCCCUUUGAUUCUGAGGACCUUCCAUUCACAGUUGAGCUGUAUCUGAGUCAGGAUGCAAUACUUGAUGAGUUUGAUGCUAAGAUAGCUUUGGAUAUGACAGUGCAACAGAGACAUACAUUGCAACAGGGAAUUCAGAGCCAUACAGCUCGCAUCAUACCCUUCACUGGGUCUAACUUGCUCUUGGAGCUCACAGGAGAUACCCCAUAUACUCAGUUCUGUGGAGAAACACAUGUUAUUGCCAAUGUGAUUGACCUGCAGAACCAGAAACCACCAAUUGACCCUGUCACAUGGAACAAUUAUAGAGCUCUACCAGUUGUCUUCAAUUGCACUGGAGAUGUCUUGGUGUUUGAAUCUGUAAAAGUAGAUCUUGUUUAUCCUCAAACCAAGCUUUAUGGGAAUGAAGUAACAAAGCUGACUAUGAGUGCUGUUUUGAAGAACUAUGCUGAUGAAGACAUACCGGACAGUAAAGAUGGGAGACCUAUCAUCAACUUUAGGGCGUUUGUAUCUGCCAACAAUAAAUUAGAGCGUAUUAAGGACCCUGAGCUUGAAGUUACAUUGCAUGCAGAUCUGACAAGAGAUGUGACUAAAGGGUUUAAGUCCCUUGCAAACAGAACAUAUGAGGGGAGACUGGAUGUAGUCAUGGCCCAGAGUCUUUGUACAUUCUCACCAAGGUUUUUGAUAAUUGAGGCCUCCAAGGGUGCCCAGGUGGGCCUGCCGGAAGCUGUCAUUUCAAACAAUUAUGAGUUUGUAGACUUAGAUGGAAUAUUAGACUGCUCACUAGUAAAGACAGAUGUGAUACUGACUGCAUUCUCUCUGCCAAAUGGGACAAACCUUAUACCUGGCACAGGUUUCCCCUUCCAUUUGAGUGCAGAGAUCACUCUGCAAGGAGGUGCAACAGUUGGGAAGAAAGGGAGUAAAUUCCUAGAGUUCCAGCUGUACCUCUCUGAUGAUGCUAACAUUGAUGAAGAUGACUUUAGUCUGGACUUCAGUGGAAGAGAUCAGGAGGAUAUGCUCACAGGACUCGUAAAUCAAAACCUGCAAAGAACACUUGACAGUAUUGAUGAACAAGUUGUUGUUCCUAGCACUGUACCUGACAGAUAUUGUGGCCAUGUGUACCUAAUACCUUACCUGGACAGUGGGGAUGAGAUCAUUGAGAUACAAGAACACAAUAACUAUGAAGUAGUUGAUGUAAUCGUAAAUUGCUCAGAUAUAUUUGAAUUAGUGAAACCCAAAUUCAGUGUACAACAACAGGAGAAGUACUUCAAGGCACCUGGUAUCAUUCAUUUUGGUUUCACUGUCAUCAACAACCUCAAUGAAAUGAUAGACACAGAAAAUGCUCAACCAUUUGCCAUACCUAAGUUGUAUAUCAAGCAUGAUGAGGACUCUACAGAACAUGACAUAACACCAGAAUACUGGACCAUUGAACAAGGUGAUGACUGGACACUCACUGCCUCCAAUGACAGUGUCCUUGUGUUACAACAAUAUGGUGAGAUCACAAUGAAGCAGGUAUGCAACUAUGAAGUGGAUCCAAUAGAGACAGGGGAGAACAUCUUGAUAUUCCGAUUGAUUCCUGGCUAUAACAAUGCUUUGUUUGAAAUGUAUGCUGAUGGUGUUGCUGAGAAUGAUAUGAUGGUGAUGGCCAUUCAUGUGGAAUGUGGGGAUGAUAUAUUUGAUCUACUUUCGAACUAUGAAGGCUUAGAUGAAGCACCGUUUUCUCUGAUGCUGGGAAACACGCUGCAUUUUGGCCACAAUCCUUUCAACUUGGCUGUUAAGGUCAACCAAUCAGGCAAUACUGGUUGGGAGAUUCAACCAAGUCUCAGUAACUCCCCAUACAUGUUUGAAUACUCAUUCUACAUGCUGGGAAUGACUGGUGUGGGACAAAUUAUGUUCAAACAAGUAGACUAUGACAUCCUAGCUAAGAAAGACGCAAUUAAUGGCGGCACUUAUGAUGGGAAAAUCAUUGCCUUGACAGAUGCAUCAGUUGGUUUGGAUUUGUCCCCAGAGGAUUACUUGUUCUUCUGUAACGCCAAUGCCAUUGUGUUAACAGUGAAUAUAGACACUAAACAACAAGUGCUAGAAUCCAAUGAGGGAAAAGCCAAUCAGUACAGUAUUGAGGAGGCAAUAUUUGACCAGGAUGAAUGUACAGAUAUGAAAGACCUGUAUGUUGAGAAAUGGAUGUUGACAUCUAUGAAGAAUGAUAUAGUGGAAACCAACCACACAUAUGACUACAGUCUUCAGGUUAAUGCCAUCCUUACCACCAAUGAGGCACUUGACAAUGUCACUACAACAGAUUACAAGCAUUUCCUAUUGAAAUAUUUCCUUUCGUUUGAUGCUGUUUAUGACGACAAUGAUACUGAAUUGGUCGUGCCAAUAACUCCAAACCAAGCUGAAGAAUUAGAGAAACAUGUUGAACAAGAGACAGUGGGGACAUUUGACCUGGAUGAGGUGGGUCUAGUGAUCCCCCUUACAGCUGAAGUGUAUCCUUACUGUUGGAAGAGGGUGUAUCUCGGGGUUCUCGUUGACUCAACAGAUGUACAAAUAGAAGUCACCGAAGAUAAUAAUGUCGGCAUGCUUGAGAUAAUACUGGACUGUUAUGACUUAUUGAAUGAGUGUGAGGUUGGCUAUGCAAACUGCCAUGAGAAUGGAUAUUGCACUGACUUGCCAUACAACCUCUACACAGAGUAUGGUGUUGGCUUCUCCUGCCACUGCAAACCAGGAUACACUGGGGAUGGUAUCCAAUGUGAAAAUAUUGAUGAAUGUGAUGAGACAGAACCAACACAUACCUGUGAUAUGAUACCUCACUCAACAUGCUCUGACUUACCUGGUUCUUACAUCUGUGAAUGCAACCAGGGCUUCACACAGUCCGUAGGGGUACAGGGGGAACAGGUUUGUCUUAACAAUGAUGAAUGCCAAAGUGGUGACAAUGACUGCCAUGAGAUGGCUGAGUGCAUUGACCUAGUUGGCCCACCUUUCUAUAGAUGUCAGUGUAAGACUGGAUUCAUAGGCAAUGGCACACAUUGUGAAGAUGUGAUUGACUGCCGUGAGGACUCAUGCAACUAUAAUGGCAUAUGCAAGGAACACCCAGCUGGCAAUGCUAUCAUAUGUCACUGUAAUGACCUAUAUGAAGGGGACUUCUGUCAAAUAGUUCACGGUGGCUGGAGCGAGUGGAGUGCUUGGUCCGAGUGUCUGAGUGAGUGUGAAGAAGGCAAAGAGACAAGGACAAGACAAUGUGAUAAUCCUGCUCCUAAGAAUGGCGGUCGCAAUUGCCCUGUCGUGAAUAAGGUCGGGGAUCUCCAGGAGAGACAAUGCGAUCUUGGAAUAUGCACAGCAGAUGCCAGUGUCCAUUGGUGUGAUGCAGUUGAUCCAUGCUAUGUGGGCACACCUGUUGGGGCAUAUGAAGCAGGAGGCGGGGAAUGUUACAAUGGUAAAGGUGGCGCUUCAUUCAUUUGUACCUGUCAGCCUGGCUACAGAGCCAUCUAUGAUGACAUAACUGGAUUGUUUAUUCGUUGUGAAGAUAUUGAUGAGUGUUCUGAAGGAGUGGCAGGGUGUGACUAUGUCUCCACUUGUCACAAUGCCCCAGGGACUUACUCCUGUCAGUGCUGGGAGGGAUAUGAGGUGACAGGUGACAAUGUUUGUAUUGAUAUUGAUGAGUGUGCCUUGGAGAUUGAUGAUUGUGACAGAGACACUAUGUCAUGUGACAACAAGCCUGGCACAUACGAAUGUCACUGUAAUGAACAAUUCAAGCAAGAGAAAAAGAACAACAAAUGUCAGGAGAACCGUCUGUUUCCCUAUGGGAAGGAUGCAGGUGAUUACAUGGUGAAUACAUUUAGUGUGGCCACUAGUGAGAGGGUCUCUAAUCUCAUCCCAAUACCACAUGGUCUUCCUUUGUUUGGUGGCGAUCUCAUCGAGAAUGUCUAUGUGAGUGAGAAUGGUGUGAUUGUGGCCACCAGGAACAAUGUGGACCAAAACAACAAGGAGACAUUCAGGAAUCCUGUUAACCUCAACAGCCUAGAACUAAGUGAUGAAGUGGCUGCAAUCAUUGCACCACUCUGGGCAGAUAGUGCCUCUGAUGACACUGAUGGUUCAAAGAUUUGGAUUAACACAUACAGGAAUACAAGUUUACCAUUAUUCUCAAAUGUGAAUAGACUGUUUUCUGAACAUGUCAACCCAGGAGUAGAAAUGACAUUCAUCCUGAAGGUCACUUGGGAGAACAUGAGACCACAUUAUAGAUGGCAGCCUGAUGAGAUGAACACAUUCCAAGCCCUGCUGGCAACUGACUACAGGAGCUCAUAUGUCAUGUUCAUCUAUGAUGAUGGGGGUAUGAACUGGAAACCCUUGUACAGUGCUGAGGACAUCAUGCUAGUAUAUAAAGGUUACCCAGCUUGGAUUGGUUAUGCAGCAAAGAACAGAAAUAAAGUUUGGCACAGAAAACAGAAUGAGAACUCUGGUCAUUACUCCCUAGUGCCAGACCAGUUGAGUGCAUAUAGAGUGGCAGAUAAGAUGCUCCAAGCUCCAGGCCAUGAGAUGGUUGGCUGGGCCUUCUACAGACUGGAUAACUCAGAUGGAUUCCUCAACUCAAGAAAACAGUGCAUUGACUGGUAUAAUAAUGAGCCUGAUGUCUCUAGUUGGGGUAGUUCUAUAGUUGGUACAUGUCCAUCCUCUCUCAGUCAGGCAGAAGUUGACCUCAGAUUGACUAAAGAGGUGUCCAUAACUGCAUCAGGAAACCAAUGCUUUAAAAAUACAUUCCCACAGGAUAAUGGAGGUAAGAUAAGGUGUUGCUAUAGAGAUGGUGCAUUGAUGACAAUCAAUGAGACUGCUCAGAUGGCAGCAGUAGAUGUUUACCAAGAUUCUGGAUUUAUGACAAGAUACCCCGAGAGUUUCAAUCCAAACAGUGACCAUGCCCUUUUAGACAAGGACCCAUUCACGUGGUGUUGUAUAAGAACACCCAGGUAUUGCCCAUACUACCUGGAGAAGCGACCCAUGGCUGACAGCUCAAAGUAUAAUCAAGUAUCUCUAGGUCUUGCCCAUGGGGAUCCCCACUUCACAACUCUGGAUGGUCAGUCUUAUACAUUCAAUGAUGUUGGUGAGUUCAUUCUGUUGAGGUCUACCUUCCCACGUGCGAUGAUGAUACAAGGUCGUACAAACAUCACAGAGAACCUCAAUGGAGGAAAUGUGGCUACCAGGUUCAUUGCCUUUGCUAUACAAGUUGGUGUUAAUGGGCCAAAGAUCCAGGCUUACCAUAGUUACAAGGCAGAUGGCAAAGGUGAUGACAUCAUUAAUGUCAUUGAUGGUGAAGAAAUACUUGCUCCAAAGACUGAACUUGAAGAUGUGAUGGUCAUCAAAGAGAAACUUGAUGAGCUGAAAGUUAUGCUGAAGAUUAUUUUCAAGGCAGGUCUGUUUAUGACAAUCACAUCAGACAGAGGUAUGCUUGCUGCCCAAAUAGGCAUGGGUGCUGACCUCAUGCAUGGUGACUAUGCUGGACUUAUGGGCAACUUCAAUGGAGAAAAACAGGAUGACUUGGUUUCCUCUACAGGAGGUGUACUCGAUCCAUCCAUUGAUAAAGACAAAAUUCAUUCAUUUGGCAAAUCUUGGAGUUUAAGAGAAGUGUAUGGGCAAGCUACCACUGGCACAAGUGUUCUAGACAAGACACUGUUCAGCCGAUAUCCAGAUGAUAUGCCAACAGCGGCUAAAUAUACCCUUGAUGGUUUCUACCCUAACUUCUACACUAUGGACGACUAUGAAGAGGAGCUGUAUGAUAACUGUGAGUUCCCCGCCGACUUCCCAAUCUCCUCCAUGCAGAAGCAGCUCUCUGAGGAAUGUCUCUUUGACUAUAAGAGCUCUGCGGAUCCAUAUCUGGCUGUGAUAACCAGGAAGAACAGGGAAAAAUAUGAAAUUGUCAAGAGGAAACUCGGUAAUAGAGCCCCCGUGUUUAUUGAGGCAAAUGAGAUGGUUAAAACAGAAGUUGGCCAGCUGACAAAUGUUAAGUUCACCUACAUGGAUCUUGAUGGAGAUCCUGUAACAGUACAGGUGAAGAUGAAGGAUGCUGAUGGUGUUUUGCAGGUACUGCAGGCCCCAUUGACAACCACAUCAAGUCUAACAGACUCAGGGGAGACUGUGUACACUUCACAGUUUGCCUUUGCCCCAACCAAGAGGUAUAUCACCCUUGAAUAUGUAUUGGAGGAUGACAUCAACCAAGUGAAGACUGUAUAUAGGCCUCAGGUGGUCCUAUGUGCAUGUGACAAUGAUGGAAAAUGUAAUUACACUGUAACACAGGAGGACAGUGGUCUGUUUGCCUAUGCAUCAUGCAUGUGUGACCCUGGUCAAGGAGGUCCCUUCUGUACAGAUGACAUAAAUGGGUGCAUGAACUCUCCCUGCUACAAUGGCCAAUGUUCUGACAGAUCCCCUGAAGAGGUGACUGCUAGUGGUGACUUGAAGGAAUACAAGUGCCAAGAGUGUCCUGCAGGAUAUGAAGGCACUGGGGAGUCAUGUACAGAUAUUGAUGAGUGCAAGGUCGAUGAGGAUAACAUAAAUAGGCAUAAGUGUAGCCAGGUGUGUGUUAAUCUCAUUGGAGGAUAUAUGUGUCAAUGUAGAGAGGGUUGGCAGUUGGACCUUGAUGGCCGCACUUGUAUAGAUCAUCCUGAGUGCUCCACAGCUGCCUUGAAUGACUGUGAUUUGCUCCAUGGAAAGUGUAUAAAUGACCAUGAUGGUGGCUAUACCUGCCAAUGUGACCAGGGAUACAAGAAGGCCAAAGAUAGCAACAUAUGUGUGGAUAUCGAUGAGUGUUUGGUUGAUAAUGGAGGUUGUGCUAGGUUCUGCGUGAACACACUUGGAGGCCAUUACUGUGACUGUGGCCCUGGAUAUAAGCUUGACAGGCAAGACAUGCACACAUGCCUACAGGUUAAUGAGUGUGAAUUGCCAUAUGAAAACAGGUGUGCGCAGGUGUGCAAUGACAGAGAUGGCUACUAUGAGUGUGCAUGUGAAAGUGGUUUUCGACUGGCAGAUGACGGGACAAGUUGUGAAGCACUCACCACAUGUGCUCAGCUACUCACUUGUACAGAUGGUUAUUGCGGGGUUGUGGCGGGAAAGGAGAAAUGCUUCUGUCCAGCUGGUUAUGUCCUCAGUCUGGAAGACCCAACUCUAUGUCUGGACAUGAACAUACAACUCUCCAUACAAUGA